AUGUUUGCAAGCUAUCACCACGACCAGUAUGAAAAUCAGGGGCACGGCAAUCAUGAUCUAUCCGGUCCGCAUGUGCUGCAUCGACUACACGUUAAGCUCGAUGAAGCAGAAGACGCAGCUACAUCAGGGCAGAAGGAGAACGAGGGCGGAAGCGAUAAGAAGAGCGAGUCGAACUUGUGCACUGGUUACGACAUUUAUCUCGACCACGAGCCUUGCGCUAUGUGUGCGAUGGCUCUGGUUCACAGUCGUGCUCGUCGUGUGGUGUUUGAUCGCACAAACCCUGCUGACGGAGUGCUUUUGAGUUCUUUCAAGCUGCACACUAUCAAGUCGUUGAACACCACUACCGCGUCUUCGACUUGCCACUGA